AAAUAAAACAAAAAAAGGAGCGAAAAACCUUUCAAGUUUCGUGACUCCCCUCGAACCGUUGGGUGAUUCUGUUUGUGACUUUGUGUUGCUCGCUCCCUACUCUGUUAUGCUGCUCCUUCCUUUCUGAUUUCAAGGGUUUAAACCCUAAAAAGGACCCACGGCGAGAAGCUUCCAACUCCUCUCUCACGCGCGGACCUCCCCCUCCGGCGACUUCUGCACCGACGGACGGGUAAAGGAUAAAGGGAUGAUCUACACAGCAAUUGACACAUUCUACCUCACAGAUGAGCAGCUAGCAAUCUCACCUUCUAGAAAAGAUGGCAUAGAUGAAGCCACUGAGACCAGCCUUAGAAUCUAUGGUUGUGAUCUCAUCCAAGAAAGUGGCAUUUUGCUCAGAUUGCCACAAGCAGUCAUGGCUACUGGGCAGGUUCUAUUCCAUCGUUUCUAUUGUAAGAAGUCAUUUGCACGGUUCAAUGUCAAGAAAGUUGCUGCAAGCUGUGUAUGGUUGGCUUCAAAACUGGAGGAAAACCCUAGAAAAGCCAGACAAGUAAUUAUUGUUUUUCACCGGAUGGAAUGCAGGAGGGAGGACUUUCCCAUGGAGCAUUUAGACUUGUAUUCCAAGAAAUAUGUUGAUUUGAAAAUGGAGUUGAGCAGAACAGAAAGACAUAUUUUGAAAGAAAUGGGAUUCAUUUGUCAUGUUGAACAUCCUCAUAAGUUUAUAUCAAAUUACCUUGCUACCCUUGAAACACCUCCAGAAUUGAGGCAAGAGGCUUGGAAUCUGGCUAAUGAUAGUUUGAGAACUACAUUGUGUGUUCGAUUUAAGAGUGAGGUUGUGGCUUGUGGAGUUGUAUAUGCUGCUGCUCGCAGGUUCCAAGUACCCCUUCCUGAGAACCCACCAUGGUGGAAGGCAUUUGAUGGGGAGAAGUCUGGGAUUGAUGAAGUAUGCAGGGUUCUGGCUCACCUUUAUAGCCUUCCAAAGGCACAAUAUAUACCAGUCUGCAAGGAUGGGGACUUUACAUUCUCCAACAAAUCAUCGGAAUCAAAGUCUCAAUCAACACCCAAAGAUGUUCCGCAAAAUAGUCCCCCAGCUGAUACUGACAACUCAGUGCCAAAGGGAACUCAAGGAGAAGCUAAUAUUGAAUCCAAUGGUAGCAAGGGUGCAAUUGUAAAGGUAGCCAUUGAUAAGCUGAAAGAUUCUAAAAGGUCUGAUGAUGAAUCCAAAGGCAUGAGUACAGAAGGAGAGGCAAGAGAUGAACCCAUAUUGAAGUCCAAGGCUGACCGUAAAAUAGAGGCCAUUGAGCGCAGGGCAGACCGGGACAGGGAUAGAGAACGAUAUAGGGAUAGGGAAAGAGACAGAGAUAGGGACAGGGACAGAACAAAAUCCAGAGAUAGAGAUCGAGGAAGGGAUUCUGACAAGGAACGUGAACGAGAGGAAGCUGAGAGGGGCAAACUCAAGGAUCGGGAUCACCGUUCUAGGGAGAGAGCAAAGGAUUCAGGACAUUCAGAGAAGUCAAAACGCCAUUCAUCGCAUGAUCGCGAUUCCCAUGGUUCCUCUUACUCGUCAAGGGAAAAAGAUCGACAUAGACAUCAUUGACAUUAUUUAGAAGAUAUUACAAGAUGCACCCGUCAAAGUCAGUCAACUGAUCAAGCAUUGCACGUCCUCUGAUCUUAUAAUCAGUAAAUACUGCCUGUCUGGGGAAGUUUUUAUUUACAGAUAUAAACAAUUUAGGGUUCAUUUGCGGUCUUAUUUGAUAAGUACUCAUGUGAACAUUCUAUGUAUACCUUAUUUUGUUUAUAGUCGAAGAGAGAAUAGAGUUAAAAUUAUUUUUGUUA